CGAAAACAUUUCGCACCUUUCUAUGCUAUGGCCGGGAUUUUCCUCGGUGCGGUCCGGACUGUCGAGGAUGUGGUCUAUCGACUUUCGCCAGACUAUCUGCCGCCCUUCGAUUUCAUCGCCAAUACGUUUCAAAUCCUAACUGGCCCUCAAUUCGUCGUGAUCGCUGACUUGGCGAUCAGAAUCGCCAUCUUCCUCUUGAUCGGCACACCCCGUCAGUUCCAGCUGAGUCCCUCGGCCUAUGAAACGACGAAUCUGCUCAGCACGUAUGACUACAUCGUAGUCGGAGGAGGCACCACCGGUGCCAUGGUGGCAAACCGCCUCGUCUCGAACACCAACGGGACGGUGCUGCUCAUCGAGGCCGGAGAAGCGAACAACUAUCUAAAUAUAUUCCCCUACAUAAAUUCUCUGAACAUCAACGAUGAUCAUUUCGGCAUGAAUUGGCACUUGCGCACCACCCCGCAACCAAACAGCCAUGAGUACACCGAUGCGAACAUGGAGAGGACUUCUUACGAAGGUGGGGGUAAAGGUCUCGGAGGAACCUCGAUGAUAAACUGGCAGAUUUACUCGCGAGGGUUUGACACGGACUACGAUCUCUACGAAAGCAAGUACGGGGCGACAGGCUGGAAUUACGAAUCGAUGCUUGCCGCGAUGAAACGGAGCGCAUACCAGAACGGCUACGAUGGUUUCGAACCUGACGCCAGCCUCCAUUCGCUCGAGAAGGAUCCGAAUGCCGAACAGAUAUCGGUGAGCAUCGCUUCCCAGGACGAAAUAGAAGGGAUCGUCGACAGCUUCCUCGAAGCCGGAGCUCAAGUCACUAACUCCAAGGUUCUCGAGGAUCACAACAGCAAUCAGGAAGGUUUCGCGAGAAUGCAGUUCGCGGUACAAGAGAACGGUUACGUUGGUCACGCCGGACGACGCUUCAUCUAUCCGAUAAGGAACAAUGAGAAUGACCCCAGGAACGAGAGGCUGCACAUAAUCUUGAGAGCGGAAGCGCAGAAGAUUGGAUUCUCCGGCUCGAGAGGGGAUAUUCGGGCUUCGAGCGUCACAGUCGAACAGGAUUCAGAGCUGAGAACUUUCAUGGCGAGCAAAGAAAUAAUCGUGACGGCUGGGUUUUACGGAACUCCAACAGUGCUGCUGAAGUCAGGAGUUGGUCCGAAGAGCGAACUGGAGGUCAUGGGGGUCGAUGAGGUCCUGGCAGUCGAAGGUGUCGGAAAGAACCUCCACAAUCAUCAGGCUUCGAUGCCGUUCCCUGUGACUUUCACGCAGGGGAAGAACUUCAGUGAUUUAUCCAUCAAGCAGGUCGUCGGAGCAUUCGUCGAGGGGAAAGGUCGUUGGAGGUCCGACAACUCCGUCACGGCGAUCGGUUUCGAUACCGUGAGGAGCGAUGUCGUCGAAUCUUCAGAAGAUCGUCCAAACAUCGAAUACAUCCUGUAUUAUCAAUCCGCAGCUUCCGAUAGCGCCAGACGUGUAUUACUGAACGGCAACGGACUUCGAGAGGAAAUCUGGGAGGAUUAUUACCUCAACACCUACGGCGGCACCAGAUUCUUUCCGAAUCCUUCCGUAUUCGCCUCCGCGACUCUGCUCCACCCCGAGACUCGGGGGACUGUGACUAUACGCUCCGGUGAGACGCGCAUCAAUUACGCCUACUUAUCGUAUCCGUCCGAGCUCGAAGCAAUCGCGCUGGCGAAUGUAAAGCUCGUCCGUAUCCUCUAUACUGCUUACGCAAAGGAUGGAGGUCUUUUGCCGAACAAGGCGCUCGUCGGCUGCCAAGAGGAAUUCGACGCGUGGGUGGGCGACGCGGAUCCGAACGACAUUUACCAGAAGUAUCAGGACUGUAUUUCACAAACGGGAGCGAACGUGGAUUCCUGCUUGGAAAACAGCGUGACAAAUGAGGAACUGGCCUACCAAAAGUGCUACAUCCAGAAAAUGACAUCCACCACCUGGCACAUGGGAGGCACGGCUCGUAUUGGGGACUGCAGCGACGAAUUGGCAGUUGUCGACAACCGAUGCAGAGUGUGCGGAAUACCGAAUCUGAGAGUCUCUGAUGCGAGUGUCUUGCCGGAACCGCUCUCGGGACACAACAUCGCAACCCUGUACGGGAUCGCUCAGAAAUGCUCGGAGUCCAUAAUCGAGGACAACGCUUGA